GCGGCGUACACGACGUAGGUUUGCACGCACGGACAGCAAUAAUAAUAAUCAUAACAGUACAGCAUGUUCCGGCGAGUCCGAGAGGCGGCACGAGCGUUCUACGACACAUAUCCGUCGAGUGAUUUGAACGCGCGAUGCGGUGGGCACGGACAACGACGACGACGACGACGACGGUCAACAGUGCGUUCGCGGAGGCUACGUGUGCGGGUGGCGACGUCGCCGCGUGUCCUUACGAUGGUUUCAACACGUGCGUUGCUCCAGUCGCGCCGCCGUCCGGGUUCCACCAACGCCCUAGUCGCGGCCGUAUUCUUCUCGACGUUCUGUUCCGUCCGACCAACGGCCGCGGUCGACUUUUUGACCACGGGUCAACUCAUCGAAAAACAUGGCCAUUCGGCGGGAUACAGUAGAUACUCCGUGCCGACCGAAGACGGAUAUUUGGUUAAUUUGUUUCAUAUCAAAGGUCACGGUGGUCCACCGUUUUUGCUUCUCCAUGCCCUCAUGGGAGCAUCCGACCAAUGGUUUCUAAGGGACGAACAUCACGAUUUGCCUUCGAUCUUAGCCAACAACGGUUACGACGUGUGGUUGGGAGACUUCAGAGGCAACUUAUACUCUAAGCAACAUACGUAUCUCAAUGCAACAGACUCGGAGUAUUGGAAAUUCAGCAUUGACGAGUGGGCGUUAUACGAUGUUCCGGCAAUGAUCGAUUUUGUGUGCAACAAUACCGAAUAUGAUAAGACGUACCUGGUCACGUACUCGAUGAGUAGCGCCGUUGUGUUGGCCACCACGUCUGCAAGGCCAGAGUAUAACGACAAAAUCAUCGUCAGCUAUCACCUGGCUCCGUUCGUAGCGUUCACCAACAUUAAAUCCAUUUUGUUACGGAUUGGCGUACACUUUGGUCAAUUCUAUCUGGCAAUAGCACGAAAUAUUAAGAAGUUUGAGCUGUUUCCACGAAACCAUUGGUCGAUAAAUUCCAUAUCGUUGUUCUGCAGUAAACAAUCAGUUUUCCUUAACGCGUGCGUAUCGUUACUGUCAGAAUUUUUCGGAUUCGACACCACCUCCAAAAACUCAACAAACAGUGUUUUAUUGGUGAUGUUUCAGAUGAACUUGGAUUUCAAGUUAGCUUACUCGAGAGCUGGAGUAUCGUUAAACAGUAUAGACCAUUUACUUCAGAUGAUUCGAACUAGUAAAUUUCAACAUUAUGACAUGGGGUCUAGCAAGAAUAUGUGGAAGUACGGGCAACUUAAACCACCUGAAUACGAUCUACGUAAAGUCACGUCACCCGUUGUACUGUACUACAGCCAGAACGACAGGGUUGUCGACAGCGGUACCAUACACAAGCUGAUCUCGAUUCUGCCGAAUGUUUACCAGACAAUUAUCAUACCACACAAGACAUUUGGUCACAUAGAUUAUUCAUUUAGUACGAAUGCUAAAACAUUAGUAUUUGAUUCAAUCAUUAAUAUUGCCAGACAAUUUAGAGUUCCACGAAAUUAUCCGCUAUAUAAUGACUAUUAUUAUUAUUACUAUAAAUAAUAUUCUGUUUUUUUA